AAAGGCUGUGCUUUGCUCUUUGCAUUUGCUUCAAAAUGGAAAGUUCUGAGUUCCGCUAUGUUUACUAUUUAGUCCAGGAUUAUCUGAAAUACAUUCUUCAGGAACCUGAGCUUGGACCAGCCCCAAGCAGAGUUGCUCAUGUCUUAAGAAAUUCUGCAUCUUUUCUUCAAAAAGAAAACGAAGAGAUACUGAAACCAUGUUUGGACACACUUGAUAUUACCUCUGUAGAUGCUGCCAGAAGAAUUUUCAUUCAAGUCAUGGAUAAAGAAUUUGAUGAUGGAAACACUAACUGGGGGCGGAUUUUGACAAUAUUUAUGUUUGGAGGAAUUCUUUCUAAGAGGCUUCAAGAACACAAAGUUCAGCUUACAGGAGAUAAUAAAGAGCAGAUUUCUUAUUUCAUCACGGAGUACAUUAUAAACACCAAGGCUGAAUGGAUAGAUGCAAAUGGAGGCUGGGAAAACGGCUUCCUACCUAUGUUUGAAGAAAAACAAUCGUGGCUGUCAUUAUUCAACAUUAAAGCAAAAAUCAUGGAUGCUUUUUCCUUCUUCAGUCAGUAUUAUUGAUAAGAUGGAGAUCAGCCUUCCACAUGCAAACUGGACGUUGCAAUGGGAUUCAUUAGAAUAGUUUCCUGCAAGCAAGAGGAAAAUGUAUCAGCCUUCUGGAAUUAAGGACAAUGUUUACUUGUUUAGAUUAUAUUUUAAUUUAUAUAUUUACUAGUAAAUAUUUAGCUGCUGGCUUAUUUCACAGCAGCAAAGACUGGAAUUCUCUAGCUAUCAAAGAGGUACAGAACUGACAACCAAUAUGUCUCAAACCUGACCUGGAGAGAACAUCUCUGGCAGGUUGGCUUAAGGUAUGCAAUCCAGCUACACAAAAACCGCAUGCUCCUGUCAGUUUCCCUUACUCCUCACAGAAUGGGCAGUACACAACGCUGGUGGGGGCAACCCUCAGCUUUCAAUUUGGGGGUCUACACUACCCUUGCUAAAUCGAACGCUAGAAAAAUGACCUCCUGAGGGUUGAUCUUUUCUGUGGUGUAGACAAGCCCCAGGAAAGACAGAGAUCAAGUCAGUAUUUGUCUUCUCUGAUGGACUUUCAGGCUACAUCUAGACUACCAUGCUUUAUCCGAUAGUUUUGACAGAAGUGGCUUUUCCGAAAUUUUGCCCGUCUACACUGGGACAAAUUUCAAACCACCUCUUUUGAAAGAGCCAUUCUUCCUUGUGGAAGGAGGAAGACAGGGCUUCCGAAAGAAUGCGUGUGCUCUUCUGCAAAAAAAAGCAGAAGAGCAGGCAUGUUACCUGGAUAUGGCGGAGUUUUUCCCAGAAAAGCUCCAUAGUCUAGAUGAAGCCUCAAAGAUGUGCAGUAUUAGCUACACAUAAUCCAAUGGGUUAGGAGCAGUAUCAGUUUUAAUUCUGCAUUUUAAAAAUGUUGUGAAUUAACAGCCUUACAUUAUUGCAUUUUUGUUGUUUACUUUAUCAGCAGAAGGUUCUUAAAUAAAGGGACUAAAACACUUACUCAUGAAAGCAUAUUUGAGUUCAUGAGCUGGAUUUGGGACCAGCAAUUUAAAAUGUGUGUAAAUAUUUACUAAUCAGUACAAUGGAAUCUGUUUAACAAUUUCUUUUUUAAAAAAAGAUCCUUCAUAUGCAUAGUGGAUGUUCU